CGCUUUGAUUUCUCCCGCCUAGCCGAGUCAGCCACGAGCGACCUCGACACUUGCCAGUCUCCCAAAACGGUGAGCCCCAAUCAAGCUCAGAUCAUCAGUCACGUGAUGGGGCUCGAGGAGAGCAUCCGACUGCUGAGGGAGAACCACCGCCUGCGCCAGGCGAACUCGUUGGCGGACACGCCCAUGAGGCCGUAUUUGUGUGCUGGCGACAAGGGCAAGGUCAGGAGAUCCAAAAGGUGAGAAUGUUGAGGAGGAACAUCUGGCCAGGAGAAAUUUGACAACUGGUCAGAAGUAAAUUGACAACUGAUCAAAAGUAAAUUGACAACUGGUUAAAGGUAAAUGGACAACUGGUCAAAAGUAAAUGGGCAACUAGUCAAACAUGAAUUGAUCCAUAAAAGGGAAGGGGGAUAUUUGGUUGAUUUGCAACACCAAUGGCUUUUUAACACCCAUGACUUUGUAGCACCCAUGAAUUUUUAACACCAAUGACAUUGUAAUACCAAGACUUUAAAGGCACAGUAAACAUUUCCUAAGCUUAUAAAUAUAUAUGUUAUCUUGGGAUGUGCACGAUAGCCACCUUAACCUUAAUGAAAAAUCAUUGAAACAUUCUUUAAAAUCAAAAUGUCACUAGAGUUUAUCAUUAACUAGUUGUAAGUAUCACAAUUUAACAAUAUUUGAGAUAUGUUAGAAUAUUUAUUUAUUAUUAAUUGUACUGUUAUUAGAAAUCUUUAUAAUUCCAUUACGUUAUUCGAAAUGUCCCAGGCCAAAGAAAGAAUUCAUCUGCAAAUAUUGUGGGCGACACUUCAGUAAAUCCUACAACCUUCUCAUCCACGAGAGAACUCACACCGAUGAGAGGCCCUACCCUUGUGAGAUCUGUAGCAAGGCCUUCAGGCGACAGGACCACUUACGUGAUCACAGGUGAUUUGCUUUUAAAUUCUAUAAUCUCUUAAUAAAACUAGCUAUAAUUUGUUCUUUGCUAUAAACUUUUUGUUCCAUUCUCAAAUUUUAUUUCUUAUUAUGUUGUUAAGUACACACAAAAAAAAACACUAUGUUCUCGGCAGCUGGUUUCCAAUAACUUUCCGUUUUUCCCCCGAUCAAAUACUUUAUACUUUUUACAGUGCGGAUGUGUUUUUUUCCUAAAUCUUAAUAUCCCUUUUAAUUAGUUAUAAGUCUCUAUAUAAUAUAAUGCUGAAGCUCCCAAGGGAUUUGAAUUUUCUUAUAAUAAAAACAAAAUCUGUCUCCCAGGUAUAUCCACUCCAAGGAGAAACCGUUUAAGUGCGAUAUCUGUGGCAAAGGAUUCUGCCAAUCUAGGACGCUUGCCGGGCACAAGGCCACUCACGUC